GAAUCAAUUUUCAUAGAAAUCGAGUCUUGGUGUAUGUUUAAGCAAUUUAUUGACAAGCUAAAUACAAUCUAAUUUGAGUAGGGAACGUGCAAGAAUUAAUGGAGCUAAAAUUAAUAAAGCCAAAUGAAAGUUUUUCUAAUGAUGAAACGAGAGCAGUAUGUAUUGUAAUUAGCAAGUUUAUGGGCUUGAGUACAACAGCAAAAAGAAGAAUUGAUCUAAAAUGAUCCUCACCUUUUCCUUAUGAAUUGAGCUAUAUUUAUAUUAAAACUCUACUCUACGUAAGUGGCUUAACUGCCCGGCCAAUUUGUCUCCAGCUUCCUAGCCUUUAUCUGUCAGUUGGAUUCUUCCCACUAUCCCAUCUAUUUUGCCGCUAGUUGAACUGAUCGUGCAUAUCCUUUCUUUAAUCAUACCUUGUAUCAUUAUCUAUUAGCCUUCCCCCACUACUUUAUAUUUCUUUGUGCCACGUCAUCCAUUUAUUGAUUUUAGUGGCCCAACAAUUGCCCCCUUUCGAGAAGUUGAAGCGAAUGGGUGCGCAUGUCAAGCCGUUAAGCAUCAACUUUUCGAAAUCUUGGAAGGACCUACAUCUGUCAUCUUUGAUUAUUGCACAUAUCAACUCGUCAUCAAUCUGACAAAUCAUGUUGUCAACCCGUCACUCGAAUGACAAGACGUUUCUAUCGAUCCGUCAUUUAUCUGGCGAGAUGCUUCCUUCAACUCGUCGCUCGUCUGAAGAGACGACUUCCGUCAACUCGUCAUUUGUAUGAGGAGACGCUUCUAUCAACCUGUCACUCAUCUGGUGAGAUACUUUUGUCAACCCGUCAAUCUUCAGAUAAGACGCUUCCGUCAACUUGUCACUUUCCUUACAAGUAAUUUUUGAUCGAACCCGUCUCUUUGACUGAAGCGACGAGGAAUGAAGGCUGAUCUCAUACUCUCUUCCUCCAAAUUGUGCUAAUGAAUCAUAACUAGUCAGUGCUGACGAGAUGAAACUUCAUCCAAGUUGAUGUUGUCACUUCAGUUGACUAAGGAAACAGCAUCCGUCAUUGAAGAUGACGAGAUGGGUUGUGCGAACUUGGUCCAUAUCCUGCAAAAACUUUAAAUAGCGUUACGUUUGUCGUUUGCACUAUCUCCUUAUGUGGGAGCAUGUGCUUAUGUUGUGUAGUUCUAUAUUUUUGUUGUACGCGUGUUGUCAUAUAUGUUUUGAUUGCACGUGCGUUGUCAUAUAUGUUUUGGUUGCACGUGCGUUGUCAUAUAUGUUUUGGUUGCACGUGCGUCGUCAUAUACGUGUGUAGGUUUUGGCCAAAAAAUAUAUAUGUUGUAAGGGCCGGCUGGGACUGUUAUCCAUGAUCUUCUCAUGGGCAGCCCAGCCCUUUCCCAUUUGAUGUUAGUGUAUAAUAUGUAACUGGCAUGAGCAUGGUUGAAAUCUUAGUUGCCUCGGUAACUGCUUGAUCUUGUGCUUCGAGAUAGUCCUGCAUCCAUUAAAAACCGUCGAAGCUGGCCGUUGGCUUUGGGCCAACGGCCCUCUGAUGAUUAAGUCAGUAAAAGCAAUGAAUAUAUCUUGAAGCAGAAAUGUAUUCUCUACACCGAAUACGUCACAACUUUCUAUGAACAAGAUGACCACAUAAUGUUUCCAUAAAGGAUCCAAAAUUUAUUGAACUCAAGCUUAGAAAUGAGAUAAGUUACUGAGAUUAAAACAUGCACAAAAAAUAAUUCAAAGGAAAUGCACAAAUUGAACAUGACGCUUUAACAGAUUCGUCGUACUCGAUACGUCAUUGUUUUCUAAAUGAACUUACAAGGACCUGUGACGUAUUAAAGUAACUUACUGAUGGUGCUUCAAUAAACUUGGCGUCUCGUUUGGUUUUCUGUACUCAAAACGUUGUUAGGGUUGGUCGUUGGCCUUAAGCCAACGGCCCUCCGAUGAUUAAGUAAGUGAUCGUUUAUAGAUAAAUGAAAAUAAUAGAUUAAGAAUAUGUAUACCAAUCUAGAUAAGUUAUCACCAUAACAUGUCUACCGUAGGACGAUAUGCCCCCCGUCUGACGAUUUCAAUCAUUUCGUCACUUAUCACGAAAGUGACUCGUCACGGAAAGGACUCGUCACGGAAGUGACUCGUCGCUGAAGUGACUCGUCACGAAAGUGAUUCGUCACGGAAGUGACUCGUCAAGAAAGUGAUUCGUCACCAAAGUGAUUCAUCAUCAAAAUGAUUCGUAACGAAAGCGAUCCGUCACAGAAAUGACUCGUCACGGAAUUGAUGACAAUAUGCGAAAGAAAGUAACAAACUAAAAAUGAAACAACUUUUAAGGGUACCGUAUUGCAGCUCUUUAGAAUCUGUCUAUCAUCGGACGAUGUGCCCCCCGUCCGAGAUAUCAACCACUUUGUCUUGUUCAUCUCGUCAUGGAAUGACGACUCGUUCCUCGGGUCUUGAAUAAGGUUUCCCAGACUUGUAAUCGUGCCUCCUAUGAGAUUCUGAUUUCCCGUGCCCCCAUUCAUGCUCAACAUGUCCAAGACGGGAUCGUAAGUCUUCUUCUAGACGGAUGAAAGCCAACGCCUUUGCUUGGACCUCUUCGAAGGAUCGACAAGGGUAUUUCGUCAGUUCUCGGUAUAGCUCUGAAUCUCCAUACAAACCUCUUCUGAAUGCUUCAAUGACGGUAGAAACGUCACAUUUUUGGAUCGACACCUUCCUUAUGUUGAAUCUGUGCAAAUAAUCUCUAAGUGAUUCACCAUGCCUCUGUGUGACUUGAUAUAAGUCACUGGUUCGUCUUUUCAAUACCUUGCUACUUGCGAACUGUCGAUUGAAAAGAUUGACGAGUUCGGCAAACGAACCGACGCUUCCAUUCGGAAGAUUGACGAACCAUGUCAAAGCGGGACCAGUCAAUGUCAUGCCGAAUCCCUGACACAUGCAUGCCUCUCUCUGUUCAGGUCUAACGGAGACGGUCGACAUCACUUGCUUAUACCGCGCGACAUGUUCUCCAGGAUCCGUGGUUCCGUCAAAUGGCUCCAUGGUUGGUACGUCAAAUUUAUUCGGUAGUUGGACACGAAUGAUCGAAUCGUCAAAAGGUGAAUCUUCAUAACAUGUUCGUGACGCUCUGUCCAAGGGCGUGGGUACCCCUGGUAAUCCGUUGAGUUUGUCCUACAUCUGACGCACUUGCUCCAUCAACAUGGACAUCUGAUCUGCUACGGCUGGGUGGAUUGGUAUUGGGAUAGAAGACGUUGGUCCUACUAUCUGGGUGACUUCAGGACGGGUUGGUGACGGGAUGAAAUUCACUUCGGGGCGUCGCUCUGGAAGCGUCGACGCUGAUGUCGUGACAGGUCUGCCAAAGCGUUCCGUCAGAGGCUCUAGAAAUGAUACACUAGGCUCAUUCCGUCUGGCGUACUGUAUGAAACUUGAUGGGCCGGCUUCUGCACCAUUCCUGCUCCUGUAAUGUGGGAUUGACGGUUCCGUCAUGGUGGAGUACAGAGUCGUCGUCGGCAGGCUUUGAGUUGCUGCUUGCAAGCCUGAUCCGUUUGCCCUGACCCGAAGAGAUUCCGGGAAGAAACAAACCGGUAUGUUGGCUGGUGGUGUCGUCGUUGGCAAGAGUGGCGUAUACGGAAUGACUUGCGAGAUUACCGUUGAGCAUGGCUCCCCAGUCGGUGUCGGUGACAGACCCAAUGUAAGAGAGACUGGAUCCGUCGAUGAUGCUGGUGGAUCCGUCGAUGUUGCGGGUGGAUCCGUCACAGCUGGGGAGAAACAAAGAUCCAGUCGUGUUACGGCAGUCAUUGUGUCACUCCUCCGGUUGAGCUUUGACUUUGAGGCUAUUGACACCGCAGACUGUACCUGGGACCGAAGUACAUCAUUUUCCUGUUGGAGAUGAGCCAUCUUCUCCGCCAUCUCGCGCCGGAUUUCAUCUCGGACCGUCUCUAAUUGCUCAUGGAAUUCAAUCAACAAUUGAUUUGCUCCUUCCAUAUGUGAUCUUUUUCUUGCACGAUGCCCCACGGUGGGCGCCAAAUUGUUUAAGCAAUUUAUUGACAAGCUAAAUACAAUCUAAUUUGAGUAGGGAACGUGCAAGAAUUAAUGGAGCUAAAAUUAAUAAAGCCAAAUGAAAGUUUUUCUAAUGAUGAAACGAGAGCAGUAUGUAUUGUAAUUAGCAAGUUUAUGGGCUUGAGUACAAUAGCAAAAAGAAGAAUUGAUCUAAAAUGAUCCUCGCCUUUUCCUUAUGAAUUGAGCUAUAUUUAUAUUAAAACUCUACUCUACGUAAGUGGCUUAACUGCCCGGCCAAUUUGUCUCCAGCUUCCUAGCCUUUAUCUGUCAGUUGGAUUCUUCCCACUAUCCCAUCUAUUUUGCCGCUAGUUGAACUGAUCGUGCAUAUCCUUUCUUUAAUCAUACCUUGUAUCAUUAUCUAUUAGCCUUCCCCCACUACUUUAUAUUUCUUUGUGCCACGUCAUCCAUUUAUUGAUUUUAGUGGCCC